AUGGUCGCUUUCACCAAUGUCCUCGCCGCAGCCGGCCUCAUCACCACCGCCUUGGCCAAAGACUGGUCCGCCCUUUGCCGAGAAUAUCCCCCUUCCAAAGGCGAAUGCGUCAUCAUCUCCCAUUACUCACAGAGACAAUUGAACGCCGGCGAUCGCAAGAUCAUGCGCCUCAGCGGCGAAUGCGAGGUCCGCGAAGACGCGGAUUGGGUCCCGCAGAGCCCGGGCUUCAAGUACGAGUUCGACAUUGGCGGCAUUGGUCACGUCGUUGCAAGGACGUCCUCCGUUGGCGGAGACGCCGUUGCCAGGCCUAGUGUCACGGUUAAUGGGAAGACGCCGCCGAGCUUUGAUAGGGGACAGAAGAGUUUCAGUGAGGGGAUUACGGUGACCUGGUACCGCCAGCUAAACUACAAGUGCUUGGAUCUCUGA